UUCUUACCCCUCCGCUCUGCGUUGGAGCUGUGGUGUGGAGACCGGCGUGGACGGGUUUUCUUUCGGAAGGAGAGACGGAAGGAAGAAAGGCGGUUGGCCGGGGACAAGCUAUCAUGCUGGACUUUGUCAUUUUCGCCGUCACCUUCCUGUUGAUCCUGGUGGGAGCCGUGCUUUACCUCUACCCGUCUUCCCGACAAGCUUUGGGAAUCCCAGGGAUCACGCCAACUGAUGAAAAAGAUGGGAAUCUUCCCGACAUCAUAACUAGUGGCAGCUUGCAUGAGUUUCUGGUCAACCUCCAUGAGAAAUAUGGCCCAAUUGUCUCUUUCUGGUUUGGACAACGUCUUGUGAUCAGUCUGGGGUCCAUUGACCUCCUGAAACAGCACAUUAACCCUAACAGGACAACGGACCCCUUUGAAACGAUGUUAAAGUCCUUGUUGCAGUAUCAGUCAGGCCUGGGUGGAGACAUGGCUGAGAGCUGCGUGAGGAAAAAACUGUAUGAAAAUGGUGUCACCAAGCUGCUGCCGAGUAAUUUUCCUGUAAUCCAGAAGCUGUCAGAAGAAUUGUUAACAAAAUGGCUAACUUUCCCCGAGUCUCAACAUGUGCCCCUCAGUCAGCAUAUGUUAGGCUUUGCAAUGAAGGCUGUUACACAGACAGCUAUGGGCAGCAGGUUUGAAGAUGACCAGGAAGUCAUCCGAUUUCGUAGGAACCAUGAUGUGAUCUGGGCAGAAAUUGGAAAGGGUUUCUUAGAUGGUUCACUUGAUAAAAGCACGACCAGAAAAAAGCAGUAUGAAGAUGCCCUGAUGGAAAUGGAGCAGGUCUUGAAGAAAGUCAUAAAAGAACGACAAGGAAAGAACUUCAGCCGACACAUCUUCAUAGAUUCUUUACUGCAGGGGAAUCUGAGUGACAAGCAGAUUUUGGAGGACACUAUGAUAUUCUCUCUGGCAGGAUCCAUAAUCACUGCAAAAUUGUGUACGUGGGUGGUCUAUUUGUUAACUACCUCAAAAGAAGUUCAGCAAAAGCUUUACAAGGAGUUGGAUUAGGUUCUUGGAAAGAGCCCUGUUACACAUGUGAAAAUUGAACAACUUAGGUAUUGCCGGCAGGUUUUGAAUGAAACAGUGAGGACAGCAAAACUAACCCCAAUUGCUGCCCGACUUCAGGAGCUGGAAGGCAGAGUUGAUCAGCAUCUGAUUCCCAAGGAGACUCUUGUCUUAUAUGCACUUGGUGUGGUCUUGCAGGACAACUCAGUUUGGCCAUUGCCUUACAAAUUUGAUCCAGACAGAUUCAGUGAUGAAGCUGCUAUAAAAAACUUCUCUCUCCUGGGUUUUUCAGGAAGUCAGGAAUGCCCUGAACUGAGGUUUGCCUGUACAGUUGCUAUGGUUCUUCUGAGCGUGAUUGUGAGGAAACUCCACCUGCAGCCUGUAGAAGGCCAAGUCAUUGACACGAAGUAUGAGCUGGUUACCUCACCCAAGGAAGAAGCAUGGAUAACCAUAUCCAGGAGGAACAAAGGAGAGGAGUGAAAUUGUUGCGGGAAAAGAACACUUUUGCACAACUGACCACUUCCAAUGCUUCCUUUGAAACAUCAAUCAUCAUUGAGCAUUCUUGGCUCAAAGUAUUUCCCUCCUUUCCUAAAAAUUUCCUUGGACCCUAUAAACAAAUCUGUAGGAUUAAUGGGAAAACUGGACCUUGUGAGCAGAUUAAUUUGCCCCUCACUUCCCAUUGACCAGAGCAGCAAGAAAUCAUAUAUUUUGACCUAGAAGUCCUCAGCCAUAAAAACCAAGUGUAAGCAGUCACAUUGUGGAAAGGCACUGUGCAUUUGGAUAUAGGAGUUUUUAAAAAUAUAUUUUUAAAUGAAAUACAACUCAAGUAUGAGUUAUAGCAGAGAGAAACUUAAAGAUGAAACCUUGCUCUAAAUUAAGAUCCAAUAUGAGUAAUGGGUUCAUGCAAUUCAAUAAAAAUGGUGGAAGCACACUUCCAAUGAGAAACA